AUGGCUGCCGCCACGUGCGCUCGUGGAACAGAACCACCAGAACUCAUGUCCAAGCUAGAUUCCAUACUAGCCGCGUUCUGGAGGCGAAUGGCAGAGAAGGAGCAACAAAAGGAGGUACGGAGACUGACUAAACUCUCACCCGAGGGACUGCUGCCACACUCCCAACGCAAACACAACCCACCCCCCACGCUGACAGAGCCAGACGAUGGCGACGAAAACAAGAUCCCUUGGGCACACAUACCCAAGAGACUGACCUUACCAAGAACAGUGCACCGCAAAGACAAAAACACGUACCCUGCACAACCCAGCCCAUCAAGCUGGCAAGCAGAGGGGGCCCUCGUGGAGCGACACAACCCAGCGCUGGGACCGGGUAACACCGAAAAGACCCAAGCGGCACCCUCCAAGUCUGCCCCACACAACCAGCAUGGACUUAAACUCACAAAUGGACAUACCACCGGGCAAGCGCCUGGUACAUCUGCGGGACUCUAA